AUGGGAGGCCGCCGCAAUAUGCACGCCUACAAUCAAGACGAGAUCGACAGGCUCAAGGGCAUCCCGCUCCCCGUCAAGAUCAAAUGCGGUCGGUGUCACAAGAACCUCCCACAAGCCAAGUACUCUACCAAGCAGCUCACCGAUGCGCGUUGGCAAAUCAAGAACUCGGCCAAGAUUUAUAAGGCUAUCAACUGUCAGGGAUGUACUGGGCAGCAGAAGGUCGAGGUCGAGUGCACCAUGUGCGGUAAAACCAAGGGCCUGGAAGAGUUUGCCAAAUCGCAGCGUGCAAAGCCCGAUACUGCCAAAUGUUUCAAGUGUAUCGAAGCUCAGCUUGCGGACGAAGCCGUCGACGAAGACCGCUAUGAGAACUUGGAGAACGCUUUCCUUCCGGCGGACCACUCUAACGGCCAGUAUCCUGAGUACUUCUCCUCGGCCACAACUGACACUUCUUCCAACUACGGCGACGAUGAAUGGCAGACCGUCAAUGGUGGAGAUCGGCGCCCUAAACACAAAGACAUGGCAGACGGAGGUAUCGCAUUGUCGGCUGACUUUCAAAAGGCUAUGUCCAUGACUGGCUCAGCAGACGAGAGCCUGAUUGAGACCGAGUACACAUACGCUGCUGCCGCUGGUCACGGAAAGGGCAACAGCGACGGCGGCUGGAGCGAACAACGCACCAAAUCAUGGCAUACCAAGUCCAAUGCAGCUCCCAGCACGAGCUCUGGCUUCAGCCCUAAUGCUUACGGUCGUUCCGCUUCUUCAAUCGCCGGUUCCGCUCACUCCUUCGCUUCCAGUGUAGCUGAAUACUCCGAUACUUCUGAUGUUCGUCCCAAUGGAUGGGCUAAGAUCCGUGCUGCUCCUCGCGGCCCUCCUAUGAUGCCUAUGGGUGACAUUGCUCGACAGACUGGCUCUGACCUUGGUGCUUGGGAUUCUGAUGACGAUGAAGAGGAGAAUGAUGAAGAUGACGAUGAUGACAGCUAUACAGCAUCUGCGCUUUGCGAUAUCAAGGUCGAAGGCGGCUGUGCCAGCGCAAUAGCGGUGGCGCAAACUUCAUAUGAGAAGGCGAACAACAUCUCCGCCGCAGAGAUCCGUGACUCGUACCAACAACGUGUUCGACAAGCAGAGCAAGACGCCGAGGAAGCAGAAGACAACGGCGAAGGACCGUCGAAUGCUGGUGAAGAAGGCGAAGAUGUCGAAGAAGACCUGCAAGCAGAGUCCUCUGCAAUGGCAGCUGAACGCUCCCGCAAACGUAAACGCAAUCAAGAAGAGGCCAUAGCGAAGAUAAAGAAAGGCAAGGCGGCUAAGAAGGCGUCAAAGAAAAAGAAGAAGGGCUCAGAUGAUGACUCCGACUUUGAGGACGUCAUGGACAUGUACAAGAAGGCUAAGCCGCUUCCUGGACAGCUGGAGAACUGCGAGAUUUGUAACAAGCGUUUUACCGUCACACCAUACAGCAAGGCGGGUCCAGAAGGUGGACUUCUUUGUACACCGUGUGGAAAAGAGAUGGUGAAAGAUGCAAAGGCAGAGAAGAAGGCAGCUAAGCCCGUCGUGCGCAAGGGCCGAAGGAAGAUUGAGAGCAACCGCCUCGAUGGUAUGACUGUGCGCGGACCCAAGACGCUACAACAGCUGUGCAUUGAGAAGCUCGCCAAACAUUCCGAAGACAUUGACGAAUUGGGCGAGAUGCCAGAGGGCAUCAUGAACCGAAUCAGUGAGAUCUUCUCGAAGAAGCGUGCGAUGAACUCCAACACGAUGAAGUUGUUCCUCCAGCCCGAUAUGCAAUCGGUUGCAAUUCAUGAGGCUGCAUACCUCGAGACUGAGGAUUAUGAUCAGAUCUUUGCAAUUUGCCCAUACGUUAAGCGUCUAUCUCUUCGCAACUGUUGCCAGUUUAAGGACAGUAAUAUCGACUACAUGAACGAAAAGGCGAAGGCGCUUGAAGAGAUCCAAUUAUUGGGAGCUAACCUUGUCUCCAACGACAAAUGGGCUGAACUCUUCAUCGCCCGAGGCCAAGAUUUGAAGACACUCAAGGUGGAAUGGUUGGACGCCGCAUUCGACGAUCAGGUAGUAGAAGCACUUACCACUUUCUGUCCAAACCUUGAGCGUCUGAAGAUCGAGCGUUGCAAGAAGAUUGGGCCAGACAGCAUCGACGCCAUAGCUCAUUUGAAGCACCUAAAGCAUCUCACACUCCGCUUCUACGACCCCAUCACCCGCGAGAAGCUCGUCCACUUGGUAAACUCCGUUGGCGCCAACCUCCGCACCCUGUGUUUAGAGCACUUCCUCGACAACACAACAGAUCCCACCGACGACGUCUUAGAGACCAUCCACAACAAGUGCCACCAACUUAGCAAAUUUCGCUUCACUGAAAACAACGAGUGCACCGACGCUGGCUACGUCGAUCUCUUUUCUGGCUGGGAUAACCCGCCCCUCCACUACAUCGACGUAAACUCCACUCGCGACAUGGACAACUCUAACCCUGACGGCCCAGAGGAUGAACCCAUCGGCCUCGCUUCCAACGGCUUCCGCGCGCUGAUGGCACAUUCCGGCUCGCGCCUCGAGUUCCUAGACAUAUCUUCCUGCCGCCACAUUUCCCACGCGACUUUUACAGAAGUCUUUGACGGCACCAAACAAUAUCCUCAUCUCCGCGAGGUCAACUUGUCUUUCUGUCCCGUGGUUGAUACGCAGAUUGUUGCUGGUGUCUUCCGGUCGUGUCCUGCGAUCAAGAAGGUGGUUACGUUUGGGUGCUUCCAGGUAAACGAUGUGGUUGUGCCCAGGGGCAUUGUGUUGAUUGGAGCACCAAAGGCUCAGGAUCAGAUUGAGCAGUUUGGAGAGUUGGUGUUGGACUAUCAGAAGGAGAUUGAGGAGGAGAGGGGCCAGAUGAGGGCGGUGGGGAGAAUUAUUCCUGUUGUUGGGUAG